CUGCAGCAUGUAGCGGAGAUCGACCUGUCUCACUGUCCCUGCUUGUCACAUCUGAAUUUCUUGUUGUUAGUUUGACAGUUUCAAGUGCAAAUAAAUGACCUAUAAACCACAUACAGUAAGACAAAUUAUGUUAAACUAGUAGUUUACUAGACAUAUUACUGGACAAUAUACAUUUGUUCUUCACUACAUAUCAUGGGGGGAGUAUUGCGCUUUCUCACAAUGAAAUUUGUUACUCGUUUCAGCUUUGAUUCAGCUCUAAAUCUAAGAACAUUUGGUCCACAAUUCUGACUUGUAAGGCAUUACUCCAUUGUGACAUUGCCACCCUCAAAUUAAGGAUCGGACAGCUUCUUCCAGGACCGCUACUUCCUAGCUUCUUGCGGAAACGGGGCUUUUAAUCUGAAACAAAAUGAGCCGGUCGAACAGGAUGUGUGAUUUUCAGCGCUGCAAACUGAGCAGGCUGCAGGAGUUAAGGCAUCCAAUCAGGUAAGACAGGUGUGUGUGCAGGACUGAAGGGGUGUCUGUCAUCAGAGACAAAGGGUGUGCCUGAGGUCACCGUGGCAGCCACCAGUAAGAGCAUGUUUCCACAUCUGUAUCGCAUCUGGAAGGGUCUUGGCCACGGUCCAGAGCGCUGCUCGGUGCACCAGGGGCCGAUGCAGACCGGCGUAACUACAGCUCUCGGGACUUUACAGGUCAUGGUCGGCCUGUUGAACACCGGACUCGGGCCAGGACGAACAAGCACACAUCCCGGGGAUUUGACCAGCUUGGGAGCUGCUUACUGGCUGGGCGCUGUGUACAUUGCAGCUGGAAUCGUGUCGGUUUUCGCCGGCCAGUGCCCCUCUCUUUGCUUGGUGGGCUUCGCUGUCUUUGUGAACAUAGUCGGAGCCAUCUUUGCCAUUACUGGCAUUGUGCUGUACGCCAUAGACCUGGGGGAUGCCUCUGUCAUCUGGAUGUGUGACCAGAAGAGACAGCAUGCUGAUAAUAAUGGGGACAAAUGCAGAUAUGUGGCGUUAUUUGCCCAGAGUUUGUUGACAGGUAUGGACGUUACUUUGAUCAUCCUGGCUGUUCUCCAGCUGUGCGCCUGCAUUAGCUUUGCUGUUCUGGGCAUCAAGGCUUUAAUCAAUAGGAAGAAGGAAGAGCAGGGCGGCAGAUAUGUUGACAUUUACCAGCCAGUGUUGAAGGAAGUCCUCAUGACCUGUCCUGGUGUUUAAAAUCAAUUCACCCAAACAUAUGGAUGCAUGAGUAUGAAUACACAACCCACAAUAUCACAAUUUCUUUGUGAUGCUUGUAAUUUUCUAAACAUAUAUCAGCUGGAAAAAAAAAAAAAAAA